UUUUCUCUCUCCCCAGGUGGACCUUUCACACUUGUCCCCAGAGGAGAGAUGGAGAGUGGAGCACGCCCGGAUGCACGCCAAGCACCGCGGCCACGAGGCCAUGCACGCCGAGAUGGUCCUCAUCCUCAUCGCCACGCUGGUGGUGGCCCAACUCCUGCUGGUUCAGUGGAAACAGAGGCACCCUCGCUCCUACAACAUGGUGACCCUCUUCCAGAUGUGGGUGGUGCCUCUCUAUUUCACCAUCAAGCUCUACUGGUGGCGGUUCCUGGUCAUCUGGGUGCUCUUCUCCGCCGUCACAGCUUUUGUCACCUUCAGGGCAACCCGAAAACCUCUGGUACAGACAACGCCCAGACUGGUCUAUAAAUGGUUUUUACUAAUAUACAAGAUCAGCUACGCCACCGGCAUCGUGGGCUACAUGGCCGUCAUGUUCACGCUCUUCGGUCUUAAUUUAUUAUUCAGAAUCAAACCAGAAGACGCCAUGGACUUUGGCAUCUCCCUCCUCUUCUACGGGCUCUACUACGGGGUCCUGGAGCGGGACUUCGCCGAGAUGUGUGCUGACUACAUGGCCUCCACCAUCGGGUUCUACAGCGCCUCGGGGAUGCCCACCAAGCACCUCUCCGACAGCGUCUGCGCCGUCUGCGGCCAGCAGAUCUUCGUGGACGUCAACGAGGAGGGCAUCAUCGAGAACACCUACCGCCUCUCCUGCAACCACGUGUUUCAUGAGUUCUGCAUCCGGGGCUGGUGCAUCGUCGGGAAGAAGCAGACGUGUCCCUACUGCAAGGAGAAGGUGGACCUCAAGAGGAUGUUCAGUAACCCGUAUCCUUUCUCCCCAUGCACCCUGGGGGGGCUGGGGGGGGUCCCAU